AGCUGCCGCAGUUUAUUGUUUACUACUUUUCCUAAACCUGGCUUCCGGUUGGAGAAUCACACGCUUCGAACUAUUGAAGUUGUUAACGAGGAUCUCUGCAGAUUCCAAUGCUACCUGGAACCUAACUGCGUCAGUUAUAAUUUCUGUGAGAUAAAACAGUUGUCUGGAAAACAUGAGUGUGAUCUGAAUAACGCGACUAUUGAACAUGAUGAAGACCUGGUGAAAAACGAAAGUUACAUUUACCGCGGAGCAGAGGUGGGGAUGAAUUCUAUGAGGGAAAAGUAAUACUCUUUGUCCGGGAAAGCUCUGAUACGAAAUCAAGGGAUAUCCCAACCUCUCCUACUAAUUUAAAUAACCCUCUCGCAACGGGAAUAAAUGUAACGCGAACAUCCACCAAACCUAGCCCAAAAAAUGGGACGGCACGCAUGAGACAUACGCACACUAUUGCAAGUGCGGACGACAAACACACGGGAAGGAUUUGUUAGCCUUCCAAAGCAUCAUUUUAAAUUUCUCUAUUCCUUUCCUUCCUAAGAAUGCUUGUAAGAAAAAUCCUUGUAAGAAUAACGCAACAUGCCAAGCUGGGUUUACAGACAGAAACUAUCAGUGUUUGUGCGUUGAUGGAUCUGGAUUUAAAGGCCAUAACUGUGAUGAGGGUAAGAAAUCUUAUACUUUUAUCAGUAUAGCUAAUCACAUGAUUUCGAGUGAAAUUUGGGAUAAAUCAGCACGAGUAUAUUUUGAAAGGCCAAUCAAAUAACACGAGCCUGUACGCUCGUAAUCUUCUGCGUCUUUCGCACGCAAUGUUGCACUGGUUUAACUCCUUAACAAUUUUAUUCAGGAGGAUCGCUGUAUACUUUCAUAGCCGUUUCUGGAAGCCAGACUUUUGACCAGUUGAUUGUCCUUCGUUGGAUGCUUUCAUUUUUAGCACUCGCCCUAAAACUCUGAAUUAAAACAUUGUUGCUUUCUCUUCACUUGUCAGCCAUUUUGUUUCGUUGUGCUUACGCGACUUACCUGUCAAUCAGUUUGAUUUUAACUUUCUGCAUUGUGUGGGAUAAAUUGACGUGCUCUCGGCCGAUGAGCAUGCUGAAAUUCUUGCACGUGUUUUAUUAAAAAAACAUGAUGUAUUGAUAAGUAACAAGUUUCGCACGCUCCUCCCCUAAACUUUAUUUCUUUUGGGUGAUUGGGCAGACUUAUUUGAAAGGGAUAAGCACCAUACAAUCGCUAGCAUCUCAAUAG